AUGGAAACCCUACUGAAGCUGUGUCUCUGCAUUCUCUGCUUUGAAACCGCUUUCACUUUACAGUGUGUACUUUGUCCAUCCUACAAAAACGGGGAGUGUGUUAAUGGGAGUCAGACAUGCUUUGCACAACCUGGCGAAACUUGUAUGAUCCGCAGAAUCUGGAAUUCAAUUGGAUAUAAUAAACUGAAAAGUGUGGAGUUGAGGUGUGCAGAAUUCUGUGAGUUUGAUGAAAAAAGUUCUGGAGGUGAAACAAUACAUACAUACUGCUGCAAUUAUGACGAUUUCUGCAAUAGCAUUGAUUUACCAAUUGUGAUGACUUAA